GAACCAUUACCCGGGAAACUGAGCCACGGGGCGGAUAUUGUGAGAGAAACCCGGAAGGAAAGAGAAAAGUAAACACAGCUUGUGGGGGAGGAGAUAAGGAGUCGGUGAGCCGGGGGAAGCAGAGAUCUGCGGGAGAAGCUUCUAUUUCCUGCACAGAUGGCAGACUCUCCUCCAUCCCCAGUGUUUUCCAUAGCGGAGUUCCCACCAAACGAGGAGCAAGGUGCAGCCCUCCUAGGAACAAAUCCUCCAUCCUAUAGAGGAGCAAAAGGACAUCGGAGUUCUCCAAACCUGAGACGGGGCAAAGGAAAAGAACCUCGCACUCGGACAGAAUCUGCCUCAGAGGCACAGGAGAUGGACCACGUGGGAGAGCUCAACCAGUUCCGCUCACGUUCCCGCUCUGCUCCAUCUUCCCUAAUGGUUGCUGCUCGGUAUGGACGAGAGCUGAGAAGAAUGAGUGAUGAAUUUGACCAAAGCUUCACGGGUCUUCCUCGUCCUAAAAGUGCAAAUGCAGCUGCUGAGAUGACCAGAAACAAGAGUUUACGGGAAAUGUUUUUUAGUUUGUUACGAUGGAAAGACAAAAGCGAAUCAGAGAGCGAGAAGAAUUAAACCUGGUCCGGUGGAGCGCAGUAAGCUGCAACAGAGGUUUCUAUGCUCUUCACUACUGUCCCUCGUAGGCAUUACUAGAAGAUGGACUGCACUACUGAGAGGAAUUUAUCUGCAUGGAGUCUUGCAAGAAGUGGGCAUCCCACGAGAAUAUACUCUAAACUUUUCCAAUGUGCCACUAUUCAUAUUUAAUAUUUUUUAGCAUUUUAAAACGAACAAAGCAGAUUUUAUAAGGGGAGCACAGAACAAUGAAAUGUGACUUGUGAGGUGUUUUUUAUUAUCAUUUUGUUUCACAGGCUGACCUCCGAAAUUAUUUUAACGCAAGGAGGAAUGUGGUUAUUUUGUACAGCAUUGGAAGCAGCUAGUUUCAUUUCUAUCAUGAACAUACUUAGGUUACUUUCACAGAUCCGUAAAAACUGCUUCCGUCACAAUAAUACAACCGCAUGCAUCCGUCAUGAACGGAUCCGGUUGUAUUAUGUCUUCUAUAGCCGAGACAGAUCUGUCAGGAACUCCAUUGAAAGUCAAUGGGGGGAUGGAUCCGUUUUCUAUUGUGUCUCGCUCCGCAUCCCGGGAUAGGACAGUAAAACUGCUGCAGGCGGCCUCCAGAGCGGAGUGGUGACUGAUCGGAGGCAAACUGAUGCCUUCUGAGCGGAUCCUUUUCUAUUCAGAAUGUAUUAGGGCAAAACUGAUCCGUUUUGGAACUGCUUGCGAGAGCCCCAUGACGGAUCUCGCAAAUGGAAAGCCAAUGUGAAAGUUCUAUAAAUGGAGCUAUGGCUCAUUGUGCUGAUUCAAAUCUAAUAAAAUAAUCAAGUUUGUUAA